CUUGUCUAAUCUCGCGCUAUAUUCAUCUCAAGACUGCGACUCUUGUUGGUCUACCGCAAUGGCGGACCCCCUCCCUAAAGACCCCGCCCAACUAUUCAAAGAGAAGGGGAAAAAGCGAACCCGAGUCCAACUCUCCUGCACAGCCUGCAGAAGCCGGAAGCUCAAAUGCUGCCGUACCCAUCCGUGCACGAACUGCAGGAAAAGAGGCGAAGCUACCACUUGUACUUUCGUUGGACGCGGACCGCGAGGCAGGCCUUCGCAUGGCCGGUCCAGUCCUACUCAUGUUCAGGAUCGACUGCAGCAUCUAGAGAAUUUGAUUUUCUCUCUUGCGCAGCAGAAGAGGCAGGGGGGGGACCAGAACCCAGGCCAGAGCCAAGAUCGGGAUCCAGAUGCCAAUUCGCUACUGCCGCAUGGCCUUGGGGUAGAGGUUCCUCAGCCAGGGCCGCAAAUGAUGCUGCAGACGCCGCCAUCUCCUCCAGACCAGGUGGGUAAAGAUUCGCCAGCCGACCAGCCUGGGAAGUUGGUAGUUAAAGACACGGGGACGAGCUAUAUUGAUAGUGCGCAUUGGAAGGCGAUUCUUGAAGAGAUAAAUGAGUUUAAAGAGUCGCUGCGGGACAGCGAUGAGCUCUCGGAUGAAGAUGCAGUCGAGUACGAGCCUGUGAAUGAGAAUGCGCCGACGAUUUUAUUUGGAUUGGGUAAAACAGCUACCAAGGAAGAGCUUCUAACUGAUCUGCCGAGUCGAACGGUGGCUGAUAGGCUAGUGUCGUUGUUUAUUAAUUCCAACCAGCCUGCUGUUGUGAUUCUCCAUAUUCCCACAUUCCACAAACAGUAUAAUCAAUUUUGGACAAGACCGCAAGAUGUCAGUCUACCAUGGCUGGGCAUGCUGUACGCGAUUCUAUCCCUAGGCGUUUUGUUCCACCAACGCAGCGGAGACUCAUUAGAAGGUGUCACCGAGGACCAAAUGGACAUUAUCAACACCUCCAGGAAACGGAGCGCACAAUGCCUUUCUCAAUCAAACUAUACCUUGGCCGGACGAUACAAAGUAGAGGGGCUAUUCCUUUAUACCAUGGUAGAGUUCUACAUGAGCAACGACGCCCAAAUCGGAGUGUCAUUUCUCUUGGGGAUUACCGUUAAAUUAGCCAUGCGCAUGGGCUACCACCGCGAUCCAGAUCAAUUUCCAGCUAUAUCCGUCUUUGAUGGGGAAAUGAGGCGCCGGAUGUGGGUAUUCCUGUAUCAAUUAGAUACCCUCAUUGCCUUUGAGAUUGGCGUUCCUCGAACAAUCCUGGACUGGCACUAUGAUACAGCGUUGCCGCGCAACCUCUCGGACGAGCACUACAAUGAGAACACAAAAAAGCUUCCUCCACCGCGCCCGGAAAAUGAAGUCACUACGACCUCCUACACGAUCGCCAAGGCCCGGCUGAUGGCCACGUUUGGGAAGAUUCUGGAUAUGGCAUACUCGCGGGAACCAGUGACAUACGAAGAAGCGCUCGAACUCGACCGACAGAUGGAGGAGGCGCAUGACCUUGUCCCACCAGUGUUUCGCGCGCGCCCAAUUGACCAGUGCAUUAUGGACCCGCCCGAGUUGAUCGUCAGACGAUAUGCACUAGAAAACACAUAUCAGAAAGCCCGUUGCGUGCUCCACAGACGGUACCUGGGAGAAGUCCAUUCAAAUCUGCGAUAUGCAUACUCGCGAGUCGUAUGUAUUACAGCCGCAAAACAGAUUCUCCGUGGCUACGCAGAUAUCUAUCGCGAAAACCAACCCGGAGGCCUGAUGUACCGAAACCGAUACUUCCCCAACUCAAUCCAGUACACGGAUAACCUCCUCGCGGCGAUGAUCCUAUGCAUGGAGCUCUCUUACAGCCACGCAGCCGGCGGCGCAUUAGCAGUGAGGCCCAAUGACGACGUAGCCGUCGUCAUCCGAGACCGGGAUGAUCUUCUCUCUACUCUGGAAGAAUCCCACCAGAUACUCAACGAACUGCGCAAGCGCUCAGUAGACGCACAAAAGGCUUAUGCCGCAUUGACGAUUAUGCUCCGGAGAGUGAAAAAGGGACUUCACACAAUCCCGCCACCGAAAUCGAGCAUCUUCUCCUCCAGUACAACAGACCCAACCACCGAACCGGAACUGGAACUGGAAGCAGAGCCAGUCACCACCAGUAAUCAACCUCCCGCAUAUGGUAGCUGGCAGGACCUAGAGAGCCUAGACAACCAGCCUUACCCACUCGACAUAUCUACGGGCUUCAUGACGGAUCCCAUGACAUCGAUGGACACGCCGUUUGCUUCAUUAGACGUAAUCGGGGAAAUGCUUGAUACUCCUGCAAAUCUGAACUGGAAUCUCUGGGAUCGUCAGAUCCACGACCGACCGGACUUGAAUGGGAACGGGUUGUGGUAUACGCAGUAACAGUGACCGGUGACUUGUAUAUAAUCAUGAUGAUAAGGAUAGUCAACAAAGA